CAAAAAGAUCCUCCCGUCUACAAACAUUUGAGCCCCAAGACUCAAGCUUUUCUCCGAGCAUCCGCAUCCCACAGAGCCGAAGCCGCAAGACUCAACACCGACACCAUGACUACCGAACAGACCUUCAUUGCCAUCAAGCCCGAUGGUGUCCAGCGUGGACUCGUCGGUCCCAUCAUCUCCCGCUUCGAGGCCCGCGGCUUCAAGCUUGCUGCCAUCAAGCUUGUGACCCCUUCCAAGGAGCACCUUGAGGCUCACUACGCCGAUCUGUCCUCCAAGCCCUUCUUCCCCGGACUCAUCAAGUACAUGAGCAGCGGACCCAUCUGCGCUAUGGUUUGGGAGGGCCGUGAUGCUGUCAAGACCGGUCGCACUCUCCUCGGUGCCACCAACCCUCUGGCUUCCGCCCCUGGCACAAUCAGAGGCGAUUUCGCCUUGGACGUCGGAAGAAACGUCUGCCACGGCAGCGACAGCGUCGAGAACGCCAAGAAGGAGAUUGCUCUCUGGUUCAAGGAGGGUGAGGUUAUCUCAUGGAAGAGCGCCCAGCACGACUGGAUCUACGAAUAA